GUUAAAAUCUCAGUCAUGUUUUUACCUUGCAGAUGUAAUGAAGGACGUAUUGGAAGACUCUGUGAAUGUAGUACAGAUGAAGUAAAUAGUGAGGACAUGGAUGCUUACUGCAGGAGAGAGAACAGUACAGAAAUAUGCAGUAAUAAUGGGGAAUGCAUCUGUGGACAAUGCGUAUGCAAGAAAAGAGAAAACACCAAUGAAGUGUAUUCUGGCAAAUACUGUGAAUGUGACAACUUCAACUGUGAUCGAUCGAAUGGUUUGAUUUGUGGAGGAAAUGGUAUCUGCAAAUGCAGAGUGUGCGAGUGUUUCCCCAACUUCACUGGCAGUGCCUGCGAUUGUUCCUUGGACACUACACCAUGUAUGGCUUCUAAUGGGCAGAUUUGCAAUGGAAGAGGAACCUGUGAAUGUGGCACCUGUAAUUGUACAGAUCCCAAAUUCCAAGGCCCCACAUGUGAAAUGUGUCAGACUUGCCUCGGUGUCUGUGCAGAGCACAAGGACUGUGUUCAGUGCAGAGCUUUUGAAAAGGGGGAAAAGAAGGACACCUGUUCCCAGGAAUGUAUGCAUUUCAAUAUGACACUGGUAGAAAGCCGGGACAAGUUGCCGCAGCCCGGACAGCCCGAUCCGUUGUCUCACUGCAAAGAGAAGGAUGUUGAUGACUGCUGGUUCUACUUCACAUAUUCUGUCAACUCGAAUGGUGAAGCCAAUGUCCAUGUGGUGGAGACCCCAGAGUGCCCCAGCGGUCCUGACAUCAUUCCCAUCGUAGCUGGUGUAGUUGCUGGAAUUGUUCUUAUUGGACUUGCAUUAUUAUUGAUUUGGAAGCUACUAAUGAUCAUCCAUGACAGAAGAGAAUUUGCUAAAUUCGAAAAGGAGAAGAUGAAUGCCAAGUGGGAUACGGGUGAAAAUCCUAUUUACAAGAGUGCAGUGACAACUGUGGUCAAUCCUAAGUAUGAGGGAAAAUGAACACUGCUUGUAUGACUUCACAACACUGUAUGCAGCAUAGCAAUUUUUGUAGUCACAGUAAGAUAGAUUUAGGGCAAACUGCGGUGAUUUUACUAAUUCAUUACAUAUAGGUUUGUUUUCCUGUGUGAAAAUGUACCAUAUGUAAUUUUUUACUUUUAAUUUUAUUUUAUUUUUAUUGCAAGUAAAAGUAAUUGGUGCCAGAGGUUGGACAAAAAAAAAACUUGAGACUGUGUAGCCUAGACAGCCCAGGUCACGUGGUGCCUUUCUGACCUUUCCCAUUCCCGUGCUGUGAAUCCAGAUCUUCUGCAGGGCACGAUACUAUAUGGAAUGACAGGGAGGGAAGGGAUUAAAGCAAUCAGCAUGAGGGCUCUGCCUAGCCAUUUAGUAUUAAAUUUUUUAGCUUUACAGGGAAAUCAGGGCUUGAGUUUGCAGAUGUAAUUAAACUUAUGUAGCAUGGAGCUGGUGGGUAAUUGGUCUUCGAAUUGCUAGAUGUGUGAUUAAGUACAUGUUAAGUUGAGAAAGCUGGAAGUGGGCAGUGUAAAAGACUGAAAAGUGUGUGCAUACUUAUCUUUGUUUUUGAAGUUGCUUAUUGCCAGGUUAUGGUUAAAAUGAAAGUGUUUGAGAAGAAUGUUAAGAGGGAAAAAAUAGCUUUAAAACACGUGCCAUUACUGAAAAAGUUGCUGACUGGUAACUUGCUUAGUUUUAUUUUGUAAAUUCAAGCCCUGGGUGGCAGUAUCAUGAAGUACCUUACCAAGACAUCCUCAGAUCACCUAAGGGCCUUACGUGAUGCUGUGUCUUUAUUCUGUAAUGUUUUCUUUGAAAGCCUGGUGCUUUGUCACCCUUCUAACAUUUUUAAUGUAUUUGGUUGCAAUUCUUUUUGUAAUAUUUUUGUAUCGACACAAGCUUUUUUUCCUUUUUUUUUUAGCAGUCUUAGCUGUAAAUUUGCCUUUACCCUGUAGCUAAGAUUGCAUAGUUUGUCAUGUGAUGAGUCACACAUCAUUCUUGACAUGUGCCAUGUACAUUUGCCUCUGACCAGUCAAACUGCAUCAUAGUCAUAUUCUUGUUUUAAGUGCCUUUUUCUGUUAACAGAUGUUCACUUUUUACAGUGCUAUUACUGAAGUUAUUUAUUAAAUAAAAGUACCUUAAAAUA